CGUCCACCCGACACCCCACUUGCCAUGGUCAUCUCCACGACGUACUCGAGCGGUGAGCUCCUGUCCUCGUUCGCACGGCACUCGGUCGUGGCCCCGACGGCGGGUAUGUUGCAACCCAUGCCGCCACAUGUGGCGCACCUGUCCAUGCAGCCGCCCUCUGCUGGUAUGCUUGACGCGCAACACAAGCGCUCCCCGCUGCUCUGUGGCUAUCCGAGCAAGAAAUGCUGGAGCUGGCGCGUCCAGAAGCGCAAUGGCGAGCUGCACAAGUUCUGCGAGUACCAUCGUCAGAAGGCUAACACGAACCAGCGUCGCAUGGAGCAGCGUCGGAAGCAGGGCCGCUCGGCCUCACCUCGUGCCAAGAACAGUGGCAGCUCACGUCGCUCGCAAAAGAUCACUGCAGACGCCAAGCGCGAGGUGGUGAUCAAGAGCGAACGCCCCGCGGUUAUCCCCAAGGCGAUCACGCACCCCAAGGCCGUGGUCGUCUCGCCCGUACUUAACAACUCGGGUAGUCCGCGCGGCAUCGACUGCUUCGGUAACCGAAGUGUCGUCAUGGACGACGCUGCUAUGUUCUCCUGGAUGGACGCUGAGCUGGACAUUGGCAUCGGUAUGGACGCCGCUGUGGAUUAUAUGAUGGUGGACACGCCCGUGAUAGACAUGGAGCCGUCCGAUACGCCCGUGGACUUGUUUGAGGAAGACCUCUUCUUUUUGGAACACUUCAUCGACGAGAUUUCGAACAGCACCGUCUAA